CCGCGGGCGAUUGAGCGUCCUGUGCGGGCGGUGGGACCGAGAGCAGCCCAGGCUCAGCAGCCCCUAGCCCCCGCCAUGGGGCUGCUGUCGGACCCCCACUGCCGGCGGGCGCUCUCCCGCCUCGUCCUGCGCCUCAACACCCCGCUCUGCACCCUGAGCUAUGUGGCGGGGUUGGGCUGGUUUCUGGCCUUGGCCUUCCAGCCCCUUGCCCCCCGCACCUACAUGUCGGAGAAUGCCAUGGGCUCCACCAUGGUGGAGGAGCAGUUCCUCUUUGGUGAGAGGGCCCUCUCCUACGCCCGGGAGUUUGCCGGCCACAAGAAGAAAGCGGGGGGCAUGCCGGUGGCCUGGCUGGAGAAGACCAUGUGGAACCUGGGGCUGGAGGUGCACAGGCAGCCCUUCUCCCGCACGCUGCCCUUCCCCGAUGAGACCCGAGAGCGAUACAUGGUGAAGGGCACGAAUGUCUAUGGGAUCCUGCGGGCGCCGCGUGCUGCCAGCACCGAGUCGCUGGUGCUGAGUGUGCCCUGCAGCGAGGGGCCCCACAACAACCAGGCUGUGGGGCUGAUGCUGGCCCUCGCCUCCUACUUCCGAGGCCAGAUCUACUGGGCGAAGGACAUCAUCUUCCUGGUGAAUGAGCACGACCUGCUGGGCAUGGAGGCCUGGCUGGAGGCUUACCAUGACGUCAACAUCACUGAGGUGCAGUCCUCGGGGACGCUGGGCCGGGCAGGGGCCAUCCAGGCGGCCAUCUCACUGGAGCUGAGCAGUGACGUGGUCACCAGCUUCGACGUGGCAGUAGAGGGGCUGAAUGGGCAGCUGCCCAACCUUGACCUCCUCAACCUUUUCCACGCCUUCUGCCAGAAGAACGGGCUGCUCUGCACCAUCCAGGGAAAGCUGCAGCGCUCGGACUGGGACUCGCUGCCCGCCUAUGCCCACAGCCUGCAGACGCUGCUGCUGAUGGUGCUGGCCCAGGCCUCGGGGCGGCCCCGCGGUGACCACGGCCUCUUCCUCCGCUACCACAUCGAGGCCAUCACCCUCCGCGGCAUCAAUAGUUUCCGCCAGUACAAGUACGACAUGACCACCGUCGGCAAGACGCUGGAGGGGAUGUUUCGGAAACUCAACAACCUGCUGGAGCGGCUGCACCAGUCCUAUUUCUUCUACCUCCUGCCCUCCCUGUCCCGCUUCGUCUCCAUCGGCGUCUACAUGCCAGCCUUCGGCUUCCUCAUCCUCGUCCUGGUCCUCAAGGCCCUGGACCUCUGGAUGAAGCUGAGCAAGUGCGAGACGGGCAGCGCCGAGCGGCUCUGGGAUGGCGACCACGCGACAGGGGAGGUCAGGGCCCUUCCCCUCCCCACGGCCCCCCCACCGCCCACUCCCGCCAUCCUCACCCCUGCCUUUCCGCAGGAGUCCCGUCCCGGUUUACUGGUGCUGGUGCCGCCGCUGCUCAUCUGCCACGCCGCCGGCCUCGCUCUGUACUUCUUGCCGGUGCUGGGCCAGCAUGUAGCCACCCAGCACUUCCCUGUCUCCGAGUCGGAGGCCGUGGUGCUCACCGUCAUCGCCAUCUACGUGGCCGGCAUGGCCCUACCCCACAACACCCACAGGGUGCUGGCAGGCGGCGGCAGCGACCGGAGCUGGAUGACGCUGAAGCUGCUCGCGCUGCUGUACCUGGCCGUCCAGCUGGGCUGCCUCGCCCUCCUCAACUUCUCCCUCGGCUUCCUCCUGGCCGCCACCAUGGUGCCCGCCGCCGCCGCCGUCCGGCCCACUGGUCCCAAGGUGCUGCUGGCGGCGUUGCUGGUGCUGGCCACGCCGGCCGUCACGUUGCUGCUGGGCAUCUUCCUGCAGCGGGAGCUGGUGGAGGCGCCGGCAGCGGCAGCGGAGGGCUGGCAGCUCUUCCUGGCGGCCGUGGCCGAGGGGCUGCUCCAACAUCACCUCUACGGCUCCCUCCUCUUCCCCUUCCUCGCCCUCUGCGUCUAUCCCUGCUGGCUGCUGCUCUGGAACGUUCUCUUCUGGAAGUGAGGGGCUCCCCCCCUGCGGCCCCCCGGAUGUGGACGGACACACGGACGGACAGGGGGG